CCCCCCCCCCUCCCCUUCCCGCCAGUCCCCGCGGUGGGCGCGGUGCUCCCGUCGGGCUGCGCGCGGCCGGAAGCGGAAGUGAGUGCGCUGGUGAUCAUGGUGCCGCCGGGGCGGGGAAGGAGGUGCCGCCGCUGCCCGCAGCCCGAUGAGUCGCUACGGGGUAAGCGCACGAUAUCGCACUGAGAGGCGGUGAGCCAUGGGGGAGAACAGUCCCGAAGGCAACGUUAUCUACUACGAAGUGGAGGAAGACGAUUUAACCCAAGAUGACAAUAUGAUGAGGUUUGCUGAUAAAAACGGGCUGGUUUCUUCGUCGUCUGGGACGGUCUAUGACAGGACAACUGUUCUGAUAGAGCAGGACCACAGCGUGCUGGAAGAUGAUGAGGAUGAAGGACAGUGUGGUGAUCACUUGCCUUUUUUACCAGAGGGUCAUGAAGAAGGAUUUCAUUUAAUAGCAGAUCAUGAAGGAAUGUCCCAGGGUUAUGUGCAACACAUUAUUUCUCCAGAUCAGAUUCACCUGACAAUAAAUCCUGGUUCAACUCCUAUGCCAAGAAAUAUCGAAGGAGCAACGCUCACCUUGCAGUCUGAAUGCCCUGAAACCAAGCUUAAAGAAGUGAAGAGGUACCAGUGCACCUUUGAGGGCUGUCCACGUACCUACAGCACUGCCGGAAACCUGCGCACUCACCAAAAGACCCAUCGUGGGGAAUACACUUUUGUCUGCAAUCAAGAAGGCUGUGGCAAGGCCUUUCUUACCUCCUACAGCCUCAAAAUCCAUGUCCGAGUGCACACUAAGGAGAAGCCUUUUGAAUGUGAUGUGCAGGGCUGUGAAAAGGCAUUCAAUACACUGUACAGGCUGAAAGCACAUCAGAGGCUUCACACAGGGAAGACAUUUAACUGUGAAUCAGAAGGCUGCAGUAAAUACUUCACCACGCACAGCGACCUGAGGAAGCACAUUCGAACACACACAGGAGAAAAGCCAUUUCGGUGUGAGCAUGACGGCUGUGGAAAGGCUUUUGCUGCAAGCCACCACCUUAAAACACAUGUUAGGACACAUACUGGGGAGAAACCCUUCUUCUGUCCCAGUAAUGGCUGCGAGAAGACUUUUAGUACACAGUAUAGUCUCAAGAGUCACAUGAAAGGUCAUGAGAAAGGACAUUCCUAUAAUGCACUUCCAAAUAACAACGUAUCUGAGGAUACAAGCCACUCUCUUUGUCUGAGUGACUUAAGCCUCAUAUCGACAGAUUCAGAAUUGCGGGAAAACUCUAAUCCAACACAUGGACAAGACCUUAGCACAAUCUCACCAGCAAGCAUCUUUGAGUCGAUGUUUCAGAGCCCAGAUCACACUGCAAAUCAGGAUGACUCUCAGCAGACAGCUGCCUUGAUUGAUGGUUUCAAUGGCGACGCGGACUCUGUCACUGCUGUUCCGCCUUCUGCAGGAGACUCGGCGUCAUUGUCUCUUCCACUUGUACUGCAGCUUGGCAUCUCUGAGCCUUCCCAUUCAGCACUACAAGCCUCAGCAGCCCCUGCUGCUCCCUCCUCCAUAGGAACCAGCUCACAGCAAGCUGCAUUUGGAAAUCCUGCAACUGUUUUACAAUCCCCAGAAGUGCCUGUUCCUCACAGCACACAGUUUGCAGCCAGUCACCAAGACUUCCUGCAGCAUACUCAGACCCCACCACAGCCCCUCGUGCAAGGACUUUCAGUGGUUGCUGGGGCAUCAGCCCCAACACCAUCAAGUGCCACUGAGCCCCUGCCAGCUGUCGUUCAGACUGUGCCUGUUGGUGCGAACUCUGUUCUGACCAGUAAUCCAACUAUAACAAUUACUCCUUCUCAGAGCACUGCUAUUCUGCAGUCCAGCAUUGUCAUGGGAGAGCAAAACUUACAAUGGAUCUUAAAUGGUGCCACUGGUUCUCCGCAAAGCCAAGAACAAAUGCCACAAGUUCCAAAAGUAGUAGAAAAGGUCUUUUUUACCACUGCAUUACCAGUAGCUGGCAACACAGGAAACCCUGUUCAGCAGAUUGGUCUCAGUGUUCCUGUCAUUAUUAUAAAGCAGGAGGAGGCCUGCCAGUGUCAGUGUGCCUGCCGAGACUCUGCCAAGGACAAAGCCACUGUUAAGAAGGAAUGUUCCUCACCUGAUUCAAAAGCUUUGGAGCAGCCAGCUCCCCAGCUGCAGCCUCAGACCUUUUCUUCCUCUUCUCCUUCAUGCGGGCAGAGCAGUCAGAUAGUUAACCCUCCAGACUCACAGACUGAAACAUUAAGUGCCAUGGAUGUAUCGGACUUCCUGUCCCUCCAAAGCCCUGAAACCCCAUCUGAUAUAAUUCCAAUCGAAGCACUACUGCAGGGUGAGGAAGAAAUGGGUUUGAAUAACAGCUUCUCUAAGUGAAGAUGUUCCAGAUUUUCCUUUGCACCUGGAGGGUAAAACCCUCUCCUUUAGAAGCAGAAACUGAAGGAUCGAUUCUUUUUCCUUCCUCUGUGGAAGUUUUGUGGCUUAUUUCUGCUUCACAGAUGUCAUCUUAGUCACAUCCCAGGUACAUCCAUCUUUGAGAAUCUAUCUAAAAAGAAAAGGUAAAAAAAAACUAAGAAAAAAAGAAAAAGCUAAGUUAUAUAUGAACUGUUUUGGCUGCACUGUCUGUCACUUUUGCUUGUCAUAUGUGAACACAGAAGUUAAGGUUACUCGUGUGCAAAAAGAUUCUAAAAAGAAAAGGGGGGGGUUUAGUUUGUCUCCAAUUGCACAUCGCUUACGUUUGGGAUUAAGGUACUGGCAGCAAGUGGGUCUUUGUUACAACUCCUUGGGUCUAUGAUUUUUCUUCUGUCUCUUUUGUCUGAUACUAACCAUGCACUAUAAGGGGAGCCCAGGAAAGGAGUUUGCUGUAGUAGAAAAUAGCAUUAUUGUAGAAGAUGAUUUAUCUGCAAUCGUAUUGGAAUGUGAUUGUCGCACCACUGAGUUGGGAGCUUUGUACUAACGCUGUUACUAAAGCCUACAGAAACUUUUGGGGAGUUUAUUUCAGAAGAGCACAAGUACCUUGUGCUCCUGAUGGAUCUGUUCAUUUAAUUGCUUUAGGGCUUCAAAGGGUGGUGGCAGACACUGUUUCACAAGGUGGAAACACAAUUGGAGCCUCUGCUUACUCAGACUCAAGAGUCUGUUUCCUUUGCCUCUCUUUGAAGGAUGCAGUGAGUCCCAGGUGUAGUUAGGUCGGUGCCUGCUGCUCUUUUGAUUUCUUUGGCUCAGAACCAAGUCAUCCUCUUAAUCCCCAUGACUGUUUAAUCAGGAGCAUGGUGCCUUUGCUGGUUACUCUCAGCUUUUGUCAAGAGCAACUCUUCAGAAUGAUUCAGCCAAAAUUCAGUUUGAAUUCAGUGGGUCUGUCCUUCAGCUGUCCACAAACGCUUCCCUUGUUUUCUGUUAAGCUCUAUGAUUCCUGCCUGAAUCUGCCUCCAACCUACUGCAAUGCCAGCUUUUUGUGCACGGGGCUAUUUCUUGACUAAAAGAAGUUACACGACGUAGUAGUUUUUCAUAUCAAACUGAAAGUCUAUAUUCUAACCUACUCAGGGUAAAUAAACCACAAACCCCCCUUCCACCAAAAAGCCUGUAAUGUUGCAAUAAAUGCAGUCUCAUUCUAAAUGGUUUAUUUAUGCUGCAUUAUUUUAAAAGAUGUAAUUUUAUAGUGUUUUAUCCAUCUUUCUGGCUUUGGCUGUCAGUCCUUUUGUGUUAAAGGAAAGAAUAUUAAAUAGUCUUUAUUCAGUUUACAGUGUUGUCAUUAGUGAGAUACAAAGAUAAUGACUGUAAGCCACUUAAUGCGGAGUGUCUCUGUGCACUAAAUUUAGGAAUGCGAAAUCCCAGUGGAUAGAGGUCUCUCACCCUUUGUACUUGAUCAAAGCUGCUCUCUGUACCUGCUGGUGGGGGAGAACCCUCUGGCUGCAGCCAGACCUCCCCAGGAAGUGGGAUGAUGAGCAGGUUUUUUGACCCUCUGGUGAUGUGCUUUGUGUAGCCUUAGUGAACGUGCUGCAGCAGCAUGGAUGGAAUUGGCUUUUCACCUCUGACAACUCCUGCUUGUGAAAUGCAGAAGGGUGACACUACAUCCCAUUAGGGUGAAUGUGAGGGAGGGGAGGCUUUGUGCCUGGGAAGUGUCAUCUUACUGUGCUAGGGCAAGGUGCUCCCUUUUGGUAACUGCAGUGAUGAGCUUGGGGCCACCAAUGGAACUGUAGCAUGCUGAUUGUUUCCUCUCUGUUUGGUGUGUGUUGCAGUGGGGAUGGGGGUCCUGCAGCAAUAAGGUCUGCAUCCAUGAAAUGCAGAUUAAGAGUAUUCUAGGUUUGUCUCUUGUAAUCCCUAGAGGGUAGUGAGACAGUGGUCCUUGGUUGUUUUUUUUUUUCCUCCUACAUCUUAGUUUUGUGAUGCAGUUUGGUUCCAUGGCAGCAAGAGCUGUUCAGAACACAAAAGAAACAGUCUCAAGCCUGUGUGGCUCAGACGUCCUCACAGAGAUAAUCUCCACCAGUGUAGAGCUCCACUUUGGAGGAGUGCGAGUGGUGCCUGGAGCUGUGUGGGAUGUCUCUGUGGGGCACAGGCCACUGCAGAGGACCUUUUGUGUUUGAGGGUGAGUGGAUGCGUGUGUGUGAGAAAUUCCACUAACACAGGAGCAUGCAGGUUCCCCUGGAGUUGUGGGGUGAUGGAUACAAGGGUACCAGAUGUGGCCUGGAUUUAGCAUUUUCUGAGCCUUUCUGUCCUACAGGAAGGUGUUUCUCUGUGCUGAUUUUGCUGCUCGUGACUUGGUUCACCUCAACCACCUUUCCAUUGGGCCCGAUAACUUCAGAAACUGCUUUGUGGCAGAAGUGAGUAAAAGAAUCUACCAAAGGCUUUGAAAUCAGAAGCUGAUUUGGAAGUGUGAUUGUGUGCAGCACCUUGCUGCUGCCAUCCUCUCUGGGUGGGUGUCAGCAGUUAACCUCUCUGCUGUUUUCUCUUCACACCUAGUGUUUUCUCUUGUUGUGUUCCAGGAUAAGCAAUGUGUUCCAUGUUCAUGCUGGCUUUUAGGUGCACUGGUUUUGCUGUUACUCUCUUGUACAUGCAUCAGACAGGCUGCAAUUUAGGUGAAACUAAUUAGAUGUUGUAAUGAAGCGAGAGCAGUGUGAUGAUUCUGUGACUGCAUAGGCCACUGCACCACGGUCUAUACAUCCCACCUGAUUGUGUUGUACAGAUGUGUGCUUUUGUUGCUUCAUUGAUGGUCUGCUUUCCAGAGUGUCCCAUGCUGCAUGUAGCUGAUGUGUUUCACAGUGGACAUGCUGCAUCUUCAGGCCUUGUACUGCUGGGGUGGUGGUUAAUGCGCUUUAAAGGGAGGAGAAUGUGAGUAGCUGGCAAGAGAGGGCAGUUGCCCUGAGACUCCUCGAUGCCAGAAAUGUCUUCCUCUCGUUGCCCCAGCAUUUAGCAUAUUCACAGUAACAUUGUUAAAGGAAGGGGGAGAGUUUCUGCUGCUGUAGAUCUGGUAAGACACUGGGUUCCCAGGAUGAUGGGACAUGUUCUGUUAAUACGCUGGAGCCUCUGAGGACAACGUGUCCUCCCUCUGCAAAAUCCACCUUUCACAUCCCCCUUCAGUUAUCAGUCAGAGAGCAAAGCUGCACUUCUCGGGGUCCUUCUGUGUUAAAGGUUUGGCUGUUUGUGGCUUUUGGGGAUUUUCUUGGUUCUGUACAGUUUCUGGAUGGGUGCAGAAACUUAAACAUACCGAAUGGGUCGAAUUGCCAACAUCGGUCGCUCUAGUCACCAAGCAGUGACCCAGGGAAGCAGACUUGGUGUACAGUUGAAGGCUGUAAAGUUGUUUUUUGUGCUUGUAGAUGGUAGAGGGAUGGAAAAUCAGCACUGUUUAAAUGCUGGUACUGAAUUAUAUAGAACAAAAGUACGAAUUGGGCACUUGUAUAAUGCUGACUGUGUCCAGAAAGACUAGCUCACAGAACCUCAUACUGGUAUCUAAAAUGCACUUUAGGUUAUUUUAUCUUUAACCCAAUUGCUGCAAUUUCUUUUGUAUAUAUACUUUCACAAAGUUUAUUUUUGCUCUGAGUAAAAGUUAACAGGGGUGUGCAAAGAAGAGCACUUAACUUGGUGCAAUACUUGUAGCUAAAGAUCAUUGUCCCAUGUGGUCUGUCUGUCUGUGUCUAACUGAGUUAUGUGUAGUAAUGGGCUCGGUGAUGUACUUGUCUGUACCCAAACUAAAUUAUGCAUCAUUAGCAAAUGUCCAAUCUAUGCAAAUACUCCACUGAGAGCAUUGUGCUGUAGCAGGCCUUUUCUCUCAUGCUUUCUGGUGGGCUGCUUGUCACUUCUGUUGGGCACAGCCGAGCUCCUUGGUGUACACCCUCCUUCCCAUGUCCUCUGCUCCCUUCUGCCUCGUGAGGGUGAGCAGAAGUGACAAGCUGUUCUGAAAUGGGCAUGUUGCACCUUUAAAGUCUUCGGGAUCAUUUUGAUGUCGUGUUAUCUGCCUUACUUCAUGGAGGAUGGUGCUUCUGCAGCCAUCCAAGGUAUUGUUUUUGCAACUGCAGCAACGUUGUUAAACUGUUUACAGUACUCUUCCUGCACCAGUUGGGAAUAAGGCUUGGAGAAGGAACUAAGACUGGCCUGUUGGCUGUGGAACUGCUGGGGGAGAUCAGUUAAAGUGUAGUUGCCCUUGGAGUUGAUGGGUGAUGCAAAGCUGUUCCUGGUUUGGGGGGAGCAUGGCUGGCAACUUGAAACAAGAGGCAGCCAGGUCUGUGAUGUUGAGCAGCCAGGGUCAUGGUGUCACCAGUGGCUGGCUGCAGGGCCUCGGGCAAGUCAUGUAACUGCCCUCUGCCUCAGCCUCUUCCUUGUGCAAUGAGGACAGUGCCACUUGUCUCUGUGAAAUGCUUUGAGUACACAGUCCUUGGCGUUAGUGACCUGAGCUAGCUGGGCAGAGUCAGUCUGGAUUGUAAGGCAAAAACAAGAAGCAAAGCAUGUGUUUAAUAAACCCUGCAGAUUUCCAAUGGCAUAGGUUUUAAUUGUACACUGGUUUUUCCGUGACGUGUUUUGGAACCAACGUCAAGGUUUUUAUAAGCGUUACCUGGAGUUGAUACUCAUGGACAGGGCUGAACUUUUAACUUUCUUGCGUCUCGUCUUGGUGUAUUUCCUCUGUUCUAAAAGUCGGGUUCUGUGUCUGCACUGAGAAAUGCAAAUGAAACUGGAUAUUUAUGUAGUCGUGUACAUAGUCGAAGUGUGUGUGUUCUUGGAACUAGUUUAAAAAUCCCACACCAUGCUUUUGGUGGUGUGCAAGCUGGCCAAAAUUUGGUUCAUUAUGCAGUGUACACUUUCUCAAACUAAAUGCAGUUUCUACUUUUUUCUUAAAAACAGGAGAUUUUUUUCAUAUGAUCUUUUUUCAGCAAAAUCCAGGGUCUGUUUUUUGCAGUACCGUAGUUACAGUAGCUGGUGUUUCUUGCUGUGUAGCUUUGUGUCCUUCCACUUGCUUACUGAACCGGAGCGAUCGGUCUGGCCCUUGCUGUGGAGUUGUAGUUGCAGUUGGGUUUCACACAGAGCAGUGUGGUGGGAAGGGAUGAGCAAACCUCGAGCCUGGUUCGUUACCCAAGUCAUAGUCGGCAUUGGCAUCAUUAGGAAGCCCAGGAAUUGUAGGAGAACCACAGGUUGUCUCCUGACUGCUUCUGGUUUGACACGCUUGGGGAGCUGGGCAGUGGGCUUGGAGAUGGCAAAAUAAAAGAACCCCAGUUUUCCAAGAGUGUAUGUAUGGGUAUUAAAGGAUUUUAUUUAACUAUGAAACAUGGGGAGAAAAAAAAAUGUGCUUACAUUGAGCAAUGUGAAGAUGUUAGUUACAGGUACAGUACUUCCAAAGGAAGAGCAUCUCCAAAACCCCCAAACAAAGAGUAAAUAUGAAUUUGUAUUUUUUGAAGAAUGUAAAAUGUGAAAUAAUGGUGUUUGCUUAAUUGCUCAUUUUGUAUGAAGUUAAUAUUGUACUUUGAAAUAUCUGCAAAGAAGUGGAAAUUAACUUUUUUUGGAAUUGAAAGCAAUAUUAAUACUAAUGGAAUCCUAAUUAAAUGCUUAUUUAAA